AAUAGAGUGCGGGCUUUGUAUGCCGAGACCUGAACCCGUGAAACGAUCCUCCGACCAAUAAGCACAGAGAGGACGGUCGAAGAUGGAACCCUCUGCCAUCCCGCCACACCUACCACCAUGGAUAUUGAUCCUGAGCUUCGUAUCUGUUGCGGGGGCGGCGGCGCGACUCGCCGAUGCUGCCCGGUUCUCUUAUCUUUCGAUACGAAGCUCGAUAUCAUCGCCGGCGAUCGAAGUCCAGCUGGAGAGACGAGACGAUGUGUUUUGAGUAGCAAAGGACCCAAGUAUGGGAGCGCCAUCGGUUUCCGGAACGCACCAGCGGGAUUCCAACGACGCCUCCACGGCGGCCUAAUGACAGUAAAAAACCGUGUUCCUCAAAUCUCCGGCAACUUUGCUGUCUGGGGCGGCCUUUUCUCUGCUAUCGAGUGUACCUUGAUCCGCUGUCGUCGUAAAGAAGACCCGUGGAAUUCCAUAUUGAGCGGAGCGCUGACUGGAGGCGUUUUGGCCGCGAGAACCGGAUUUGUAUCGAUGAUAGGUAGCGCUACCGUUGGUGGCAUCUUCUUAGCUCUCGUUGAAGGAUUUGGAAUAAUGGCGACGCGACUUCACGCAGAUUCUUUCGCUCAACACAUGCAGAUGUACGAAAUGGAGAAUCUUCCGGAGUUCACCGGACUUGCGCCGAAAGCGAGAAUAGGUUUUACUGGCGCGCCGAUUAACGUGGAUGUGCCGAUGCAGAUGAAUGGUAAUAGCGUGGAGGUUGAUAUGAUCAAAGGUUUGGUAGUGAGCUAUAGUGGUUAUGUAUUUGUACAAACUGUAUUUGCAUCUUGA